GGUUGUUGCAGAGCAUGUGCCAAGACUAAGCCUAAAGCUGUAUAAUUUCCUCCAUACAUUACACAGAUACUAAGUUAUUGUGUAAACAGAGUAAGAAUGGAAGUUGUGGGAGAAGUAGAUGGGUUGAAGGUCUAUUCAGAUGGCUCUCUGCAGCGCCAUGAAAGUUCCACACUGCCUGCAUCUCCACAUUUCACUGACGGCGUUGCUUCAAAGGAUGUCGUUAUAAAUCAGAAAACCAGCGUCUGGGCUCGCAUAUUCAAACCGGAAACCGCUGCUCAAAUUUUGCCUUUACUGAUCUAUUUUCAUGGAGGAGGGUUCUUAACUGCGCCUGUGUCUAUACAGCACCCUGACUGUACCAUUGACCAUACGUUGCCCUUAACUGGUUCCACAAAGGACGUAGAAACUGUCAAUUUUCUUUGCAAGGUGUGCAAGAACGCAGACGUAAUGAUUGUGUCGGUGGAUUACAGGCUGGCGUGGACGCACCCGCUCCCUACGGCGUACGAUGACUGUACGGAGGCAGUGAAAUGGACCGCGAAGUCGCCGGAUGAGUGGCUGUUGCCUUCCGUCGUGGAUUUUAAGCGGUGUUUUUUGGGCGGAGUGAGCGCCGGAGCAAAUAUCGUUCACAACGUCGGACUGCGCGUUGCUGGCGUGGACAUGAGUCCGUUGGUGGUGAAGGGAAUGAUCUGUAUUCACCCCUUCUUUGGGGGUGAGAAAAAGCUUGCCAAUGAGGAUCCAGUGAUUUUUGAACUAGUCUGCAAACCCAUCUGGUGGAUGGUUCUCCCGCAGGGGUCCACCAGAGACCAUCCAUUCUGUAAUCCGACGGUUUCGACCCCGAAGCCUGCCUUGAAAUUACCGCCGGUUUUGGUAGCCCUUGCAGGAAUGGAUGAACUUAAAUGGAGAGGAGAUAUGUUUUAUAACCAUCUCAAGAAAAGCGGAAAGGAGGCGGAAAGAAUGAUGGACAAAAAUGCAUCCCAUGCUUGUUACACACAGCAUCUGAUAGACACUAUUUCCGAAUUCAUUAAAUGCCAUUAAAUCACUUGUCAUGAUGUUAUAUCAUCCAUAGUAUAGUAGUUUCGCCCACCACAAUGUUAUAUUAUCCAUAGCAUAGUAGUUUUGCCCACCACAAUGCCUGUUCUAGCCGCACUGCUAUCUUGUUCUACCUAUGAAAAUAAGAUAUAUUAUGAUACACAA